AUGCUGCCCUUUGAAAUUGAGAACCUGGUGGACGAGGAGGCGGGGCCGCCUGGGUUUCUAUGGAUGGACGAGUGCGAUCCGGCGGCAGUCGACGAUCGCAUGCCAGACCAUGCUGGCUGCUUUGGAGGGUGCGGCUUGGUUCUAUCAAGCGCCGGCUCGCAGCAGCCUGCAGUCACCCUGCAGAAGCGCAGCGGCAAGGGAUGGGGCGUGUAUGCCGAUGAGCCGCUUCCUGCAGGAUCCCUGCUGGGGCAAUAUGGGGGAGAGUACAUCUCGAAUGCUGAGGCGCAGCGGCGGCUGAAAGAGUACGACACAAGCGGCGGCGGGCACGCCCUGCUGGUGCUGCGCGAGUGGCUGCCCUCGGGGACAGCCGCCAUCCGCCUCAACAUCGACGCCACGCGCCGCGGCAACCUGGCCCGCUUCUUCAACCACUCCUGUGACGGCGGCAACCUGCAGCUGCUGCUGGCCAGGCACACCGGAUGCUUGUUGCCGCGGGUGGUGUUUGUGACCAGCAGGGCUGUGCAGCAGGGGGAGGAGCUGACGUGCCCGCGCGGCGCUCCCCUCCCAUACGUGAACUGA